AUGGACAAGGAAAGCGGCUUGAUCCAGCGGAAACCCCGCGUCCUCUAUAGUAGCGACGAUGACGAAAGCUACUAUAGCGACGACUCCGCAGAUGAAGACCAAGGACCAAAGCAGAAACUGCUGGUCCUCCCACUUGGUGGGUUCCUCUGCGCGAGGGUGUACAAGAAGAGCAAAACCAAAGUUAGGAUUCCUCGGAAUCGCCAGCCUGAUGGCGAUUUCGAAAAAUUUUAUGUUUACAAGAGGCCCUACUGUGAGGACUUUGUCAAAUUCUGCUUGGAGCGAUUCGAAGUCGGAAUCUGGUCUUCCGCAAGCGGGUGGAACACAGAAGAGACUCUUGAGUGCGUGAUCGGAGGGCUAGAAAAUAAGCUCCUUUUCACUUGGGAUCAGAGAAAAUGUACCGGACCGAUGUACCAGAGUUUUUUGGAGAACAAAAAUAAGACCCUCUUUUUAAAGGAUCUGAGCACUUUGCUAGUUUUUCUCCGCAUCGAUGGCAUCGACUAUAAGCCUUCAGAAGCUCUGCUGAUAGAGACUGACCCUUACAAGUCAUUUCUUAAUCCGCCUGACACAUCGAUUUUCCUUGACGAGUACUCGGUCAAGAAUGUAUCUGACGAUAAGCUAGGCCCUGACGGGAAGCUGAGAAAGUAUUUGGAUAACCUCUCUAAAGCUGAAGAUGUGCCUUCCUUUGUGAAAGCCAAUCCAUUUGGUAAUCCGGCAAUAACUUCCUCGCACCCACAUUGGAGCUCUUGCAGCGAGAUGAUCCGCAUUUAUGGAGACUGA